AUGACCUUCACUUCUCCAUACCCGCUCCUUGCACCAACCGUACCACUACUGUACGACCAGUUGGCACUAACUUGUACUAUUUCAGUGGGAGCAUGGCAGACGUGGGGCAAAAUGCGACGUCCCCGUACGGCAUUCACCAGCGAGCAGCUUAUCGAACUGGAGCGUCAAUUCGGUGAGAACAAGUACCUCAGUCGACCUAGACGUUACCAACUGGCACAGGAACUCUGUCUCACUGAAACACAGGUAAAGAUCUGGUUUCAAAAUCGUCGCAUGAAGAACAAACGCUGUCAAGGACCUCUUGUCAAUCCCCAAACGCCCGAGCAGUCACAGGUCUGA